UGAAAAAAUGAAUGAAAUCUUCUCUUCAUCACGAUCAGGUGUUUACCACACAACCAACAAGAAGAAGGGACUGAUGAAUUCAUCAUCAACAUCCUCAACUCAUCACACAACAAGAUGGCUCAUAUCUUCAUUGCUAUACUUGUUGAUGUUCAUUAUUUUGUAUAGAGUCAAUGCUAUGACACCCCAACAACAACAACAAACAAUUCCUAUCCACAACAAUCUAAAUGAUAAUACUACACCAUCUUCUUCGGAUUCAAUGUCCACUUCUACAUCAUAUGACUACUUACAACAUACACUCUCGAAGGAAAAUGUAGCAGUUGUAGCAACAACAUUGGCCACUCUAGCCUAUGGAUACAACAAACGUUUUGCUGAUCAGACAGGAAGACUUUGGGAUGGUCUUCAAUCCUUUGUUUCUACUUCUUCCAAGUUAGCAAGUGAUAGUGGUGUUGGUCCGGAUGCUGCCUUUAUUCAGAACAAGGAGUUUCUUGUUGGAAAGGCACAAUUCGUGAAGAGUAUUCUGGAGAAGAAGAUUCAUCUAUUGUUCUCGUGGAAAAACAUGUUUACAGUGACCAAAUGGGCUGUUAUUGCAACUUCAUCUGCUCAGACUGUCAAACUUGUUUAUGAAUUGUGGAUUUAUGAAGACAUCUUUCAACAUGCUGGGGAAACUUUACAUAACUUUAAACAUGAUCAGAGGGAAAUUUAUGAUCGGUUGAACGAACUCAUUGAUGUUUUGGAACAAAUGUCCAAUCUUGUUGUUACACAGGAAAGGUUUAUUCCUUCAUCAUCGACUCCUUCAAAGUUAUUUACAAGGUUGGGAGAGGCUACUAAAUUAGAUGAAAGCUUUGAAAAGAAUUUCAUUAAAUUGACCAAAAAGUUUACCAAGAUUCAAGCCACUCUCCAAAAGGACAUUGAAGGAAUGCAAGCACAAAUGGAAGAAUUGAAGAGUAAGGUUCAGCAAGACUCUGCAUUCUUUAAGAAGAGACAAGAGAAAUCACUUACUAAUACUUUUGUUGGAGCUUCUUGUUUGGCAUUAAGUGUUGGAGCUUCUUUAUUGUUCCCUCCAGCAGCACCUGCAAUUCUUGCUUCACAUGCUGGUGGUAUUAUCAGUUUAUCAGUAGCUGGUAUCAAUUAUGGUCUCUACUAUUAUUCAAACUCAAAGAAGGAUAAGGCAGAAUAUAGAUUGAAAGAAGUAGUAAAAUUGCAAGAGCAAAUUGGAAGUAUUCGAAACCAAUCAAUGGAAUAUUUGAAUCAUUAUGAAGCUCAAAAGGCAGAAAUUGUCAAAUAUAUGAAGAAGUUGAGAUCUGAGGACAAGAAGAAGAAAUCCUUGUCGACACUUUUACUACCAGCUAUGCAUGAUUUCAACCCACUGGAGACUGAAAACUUGGAGCAACGACUUUGGAAUAUUGUGGGAAUAUACCAAGCAAAUACUCUCCUGUUAUGGUAUCACUCUUUCCAUUUCAUUUUCCUAAUGAUGACACUUUUCACAUUUGCCAAAAAUGGGUUGAAUAUGUCAGCCAAGACAUUGGUUGUAUUGUUCUUCUAUUGCGCUAUCCUCCUCACCCUAGAUAUGGCUUACGAUUUUAAAGAGAGCCGACAAACAACCUUAGAUAUCCAUUUAGAUACUUCCAUUCUUUUUAUUAAGGUUACUAAGCAAACAUACGAGGAAAGAUAUAGGCAUGAAUGUAUUUGGUAUGAGCUUCCAGUCAGAAAACAAUUAGAAUUGGAUUUAAAAUCAUUGGUUCUUAAAUUUGUUCCAGGAUAUUCAGAUGUGGCAGAUAGUCUUACUGCCACCAAUGCCAGUGGUCAUUUAAUUCACAGCUCUAAAUGUCUUCACUACAAACAAGUUAUGGAAAGUAAUGAUGAUAGUGUGACCUCUAAUUUGAUUCAAACCAGUACUCAUUCAAUUGUUGGUGUUGAUGUUAAACAAAUCAACAAUCCAUCAGAGAUGUCCGGCAGUACAUAUUUUGAUUUCAUAAGCUCUGUAUUUUUCAGACUAAUCCGAACAGCAGCUGACUGUUGUGAAAUUGUUUAUGAAAGGACAUCAAUUGGUGCCAAGCUUUGCUUGGGAAUGGCGCUAGCUUCCGUUCUAUUUAUUAUUGCAAAGAGGAUUGUUUGUUGUGGCUUGUAAAUAAAAAUUAUGUUUUAUACU